CGCGAGACGCCAAACCCCGGCCCACCCGAACCGGAGAGGGAGGCAGCCCGCAACACAGCCAGGCAUUUGGCGCCGCGCCUCCCACCUCCUCCUCCGCAACGCCGCCGCCGCCGCCGCCCGGCGAUGCCACCCACAGCCGCUUCUGGCCCCACCGCCGCCGCUUCCCCUCGCACCGCCAUGGCUCGCCUCCACGUCCUCCUACGCCACCCAGGCAGCGGCGGCCGCGGCGAAGCCCCUCCGGACGGUGGGCUCCUUGCUGCGGCUCAACGACCUGCGGGACAACCCGGGAGCGACGAAGCAGAAGACGCGCAAGGGACGCGGGAUCGGCUCCGGCAAGGGCAAGACGGCCGGCCGCGGGCACAAGGGACAGAAGGCGCGUGGCACCUCCAGGUUAGGCUUCGAGGGCGGACAGACCCCGCUCCGCCGCCGCCUGCCCCGACGCGGAUUCAAGAACCGCUUCUCCCUCACAUUCCAGCCCUGUGGACUGGGGAAAAUUGCAAAGCUCAUCAAUGCUGGAAAAAUUGACUCCUCUGAACUGAUCACGAUGAAGACACUGAAGGAAACAGGUGCGAUUGGGAAGCAAAUAAAGGAUGGUAUCCGUUUAAUGGGCCGUGGAGCAGAAGAAAUCAAAUGGCCUAUUCACCUUGAGGCAUCAAGGGCGACUGCAAGGGCAAAAGCUGCCGUUGAGGCAGCUGGUGGAACAGCAAGACUGGUGUAUUACAACAAGCUUGGAUUUCGGGCGCUCCUUAAACCCGAGUUGUUUGAGAAGAAGGGUCGCCUUCUGCCAAAGGCGGCACGGCCUCCACCCAAGCAGAAAGAUAAGGUUGAUAGCAUUGGCCGCCUGCCUGCACCAACAAAGCCACUUCCCUUCACGGCAGAGGAGUUGGAGUUCGCAGUGAAGCGAGACGCUGCUCGUGUGACUGCAUAAGAUGACAGCACGUUGGAGGCACAUUUUCUGUUUUGCACAACAAAGAAAACAUGCCCCACUGAAUGUGUGUCACAAUUACCUUUAGCAGGGCAUGUAUAAGAAUGGAGUUUAUACCUUCUUUUUUUUCGGCAAGGGAUGGACUGUAAUAAAUCAAAGAUCCAUUCCUUGUGGGAUGAGCCCCCUUGCGUGUAGUCUCUAUCUGAACUUUAGAUUGUCGUUUGGACUGAUGAAUGCCAUCUUUCUGAAUACACUCACGUUUGGUGUUAUUGUUAACA